CAAGUGCAAAAACCCUCCAUUCAAACAGCAAAGGAAGCCAAACAUGGCCCCUUCCAACAAGAUGUUGCUGUCCGCCAUGGACCAUCUCAUUCACUCAUCUGCACCCAACUUCCGCCCUCUAACAUGCGCCGCUUCCUCCCCACCUUAUCCUACGCGCCUGGCUUCCCACCCCCCUGACUUGAUUCGCUGGGUGAGGCGGGAAGGGGGCGUAGUUCACAAGGGGUUGAAGAUAGCAGAUGUCCCCUCUCUUGGCCUCGGUUUGGUUGCUUCCCAAGAGAUUUCAAAAGGGUCGGAGCUCAUUGCUCUUCCAAAUCAUCUUCCUCUUUCCUUCCGCGAUUCUCCCGACGCCAAUGGUUCGGAUGGAGCUUUGAUCGAAAUCGCUAGUUGUGUUCCUGAGGAACUCUGGGCGAUGAGAUUGGGUUUGAAGCUUCUGCGAGAAAGAGCAACAGUUGGUUCCUUUUGGUGGCCAUACAUCGGCAACCUUCCUGAAGCUUUCAGUGUACCUAUUUUCUUUUCAGGAGACGAGAUUAAAAACCUGCAAUAUGCUCCUCUUUUCCAUCAGGUAAAUAAAAGAUGUCGUUUUCUUCUUGAUUUUGAGAAGGAAGUUAAACAUGUGGUUGAGAAUUUGGCACCAGAUGAUCACCCUUUCAGAGGCCAAGAUGUAGAUGCAUCUUCCCUCGGCUGGGCCAUGUCAGCAGUCUCCUCUCGUGCAUUUCGCUUGCAUGGUGAAAUUCUCCCAGACGGUACACGCACUGAUGUCCCCGCCCUACUUCCUCUUAUUGAUAUGUGCAACCACGGCUUUCAUCCAAAUGCUCAAAUUGUUCAGGAGCAAGACACAAAAGAUCCAAAAAUGUCAGUAAAGGUUGUAGCAGAAACACAGAUCGAGCGAGAUACUCCCCUGACACUGAAUUAUGGUUGUUUGAGCAAUGAUCUUCUCCUUCUCGAUUAUGGAUUUAUCAGUGCAUCAAACCCAUAUGACUCUAUUGAACUCAAGUAUGAUGGAGUUCUUCUGGAUGCUGCUAGCAUGGCUGCAGGAGUUUCAUCACCUUCCUUUUCUUCGCCUGCCCAUUGGCAGCUGGAGAUUCUAUCCCAGCUAAAUUUACAUGGAGACGGUGCUCUUCUCAAGGUAACGUUAGGAGGUCCUGAAUUGAUAGAUGGCCGCUUGUUAGCUGCCUUAAGAGUGCUCCUAGCGACCGAUGUGGAAACCGUACAAAAGCAUGACUUAAGCUCUCUGAAGUCAUUAUCGGCUCAAGCUCCCUUAGGAGCAUCUAAUGAAAUUGUGGCGCUUCGGACUGUUAUUGCAUUGUGCGUGAUUGUGCUUGGACACUUCCCCACGAAGAUAAUGGAAGAUGAGUCGCUGCUACGGCAAGAUGUUUCCACUUCGAUGAAACUGGCCAUCCAAUUCAGGAUUGAAAAGAAAUCCAUGAUCAUAGAUGUGAUGAAAGAUCUCACGUGCAGGGUUAAUGCGCUAUUGAAGGAAAAGGCUGCUGUCCAUGGUUAGUUUUAUAGCUAAGAUAAAUUUUCCUUUGUUUUUCGUUGAUACUAGAAUAAUUUGAUUGGGUUUAUUGAACAUUACCAGUAAAAUUUGCUGGAUGAUGAUUUCCAUGCAUGGUAAUUGAUUCACAAGAGGAAAUUUACACACUUCAUUUGA